AUGAUGUUGCGGCACCUUUUCUGCUCGGCAGCGAGUCUGCUUCUCGUCCUUUUCCUCUCCACAACCCUUGUCUCAGCAAUCAAGUUCGACCUCCCCGCAGCAACACACCCACACACAAAAUGCAUCUGGAACUACGCGCUUUCCGAUUCGCUCGUGAUCAUCACAGCCUCUACCAUUGCUAAGGAGCCCUUUGACUUCUCCUCCCAACGAGUCGAUGUGGAAGUCGUCGACGGAAGCAAACACAACAACGUCUACCUCUCCAAGAAGAACAUCAAAGGUGAAACCCGGUUGGCGAUCAACACUCACUCUCACGCCGACCUUGGCGUCUGCUUCAAGAACACGCAAACAUCAAAGACCGGGUCGGAUGUGCCAGUGAUGACGAUCGAUUUGGAUGUGGACAUUGGAGCAGAUGCAGUGGACUACAAUGCCAUUGCCAAUCAGGAGAGUUUGAGUGGGUUGGAAACAGAGGUGAGGAAGUUGGAAGCUGUAGCAAAUGAGAUUGUGAACGAGAUGGAGUACUUGAAGAAGCGAGAGUUGAGGAUGGCAGACACAAAUCUGUCGACCAACAUGCGAGUAACCAACUUUGCCAUUCUCACAUUGGUGGCAUUGGUAGCAUUGGGAGUAUGGCAGGUCUUCCACUUGCGCAACUUUUUCAAGCGCAAAUACCUCAUCGACUAG